AUGGCAACAUCAACAUCUCAAAGAAAUUCAGCUGAUCUAUCACAAACUCAUAAUAAUUCACCAAGUCCAUUAAUUUUUCAAUAUAAUCCAUUAACAAAAAGAAAAAUUUUAAAUUCAUAUGAAAUUAUAAAAGAAAUUGGUAGAGGAGAACAUGGUAAAGUUAAAUUAGCUCAAGAUUUGAUAAAUAAAAGAAGAGUUGCUAUAAAAGUGAUUAAUAGAAAGAAUAAAAAAGAUAGACCAUCAUUAAAAUUCAGAAGAGAUUCUUCAUCACCUAUUAAAAAUGAUUAUGAAACUAAAAUAAAAAGAGAAAUUGCAAUAAUGAAAAAAUUAAAUCAUAAAAAUAUUGUAAAAUUAUAUGAAGUAUUAGAUGAUUUUAGUUCUUCAAAAAUUUAUCUUGUUUUGGAAUAUAUGGGUAGAGGAGAAAUUAAAUGGAAAAAUUUAAAUUCAACUUCGAACUCCAAUUCAACUUCAAAUUCUAAUGACAUAAACCAUGACAAUUGUAACAAUAGUUACAAUAAUUCAGAUAACAUACCAUGUUGUAAAAAUGAUCACGGUAAUAUUAAAGCUUAUGAUCAGGAAAGUUUACUAUCAGAUGUUUAUUCACCUAAUUUAACUUUUAAAACUUCAAGAAAAAUAUUCAGAGAUGUAUUAAAUGGAUUACAAUAUUUACACUCGGUAGGUAUAAUUCAUAGAGAUAUAAAACCUGCAAAUUUAUUAGUCUCUGAAAACAAUGUUGUUAAAAUAAGUGAUUUUGGAGUCUCAUUUGCAUCGUCAUUAGUUGAUGAAGAGGAUAAUUUAUCUGGAAGCGAGUUGGACUUAGCUAAAACUGCUGGAACCCCUGCAUUUUUUGCACCGGAAUUAUGUCAUAUUGGUGCUGAGGAGAAACCUAAAAUAAACUAUAAGAUUGAUAUUUGGGCUUUAGGUAUAACUUUAUAUUGUUUGUUAUUUGGUAAAGUUCCAUUUAAUGCUGAUUCAGAAUAUGAAUUAUUUAAUGUUAUUGUUAAAAACCCAGUUGAAUUUCCAAAGGACAUUAAUUCAUUCAAUUCACCUGGUAAUGUUUCAGAAGAAGAAUUUGAAUUAGCGAAAGACUUAUUAUCGAAAAUGCUACAAAAGGAUAGUUCGAAAAGAAUAACCAUAAAAGAAAUAAAAGAACAUCCUUUCACUUUAAUGGAUCUAGAAGAUGAUAUCGAGGGAUUACAUGAGCUUCUUGAUAUGAAUAAUGAAGAACCCAUAGAUUUCACAUUAGAUGAUAAAGAUCUUUUUAAAGAUGAAGCUGAAGAUGCAAUAAUUGGAGUAGGAACAAGAAUUAAACGAAGUUUAGUAAAAGCCAUAAAAGCAGGUGGUUUCAAGGAUUCGGAAAUUAAAAGCAAAUUUUCUUCUUUACAAAUGGAACAUUCUAAAAGUGGAUCAAGUGAUGAAUCUUCUUCAAGUUAUUCGAAUUUUAAUUCAAGCAAUAAAUUAAAUAAUUUGGAAAAUAAUCAUUCGAUGAUUUUAUCUGAACAACCAAUUUCUCCAUUAAGUACAGCAACUGUUACUAGACAUGGUUCGGAAUUGAAUUAUACACCAUCAAAUUUAUCCCAUCAACAAUCACAAUCACAAUCACAAUCAUUUUCACAACUACAGCAACAACAAAAUCCAUCAUUACCCUCACAAUAUCCGAGCCAUCCACAAAUUCCACCAAAAAGACCUUCUUUUUCUCUUGCUGGUUCAAGAGACGGGAAAAGUUUGUUACAUGACAUGAUUGAUUCUCAAAGUGGUACACCAAGUAGAAGAGGUAGUGGAGCUGGUAUCCCAAUUGUAGAAGCACCUCAAAUUGAAACUAAAAGAAAUGUCGGUGGUAAUUUAUAUUUGAAAAAUCAAUCAAUUGUUGAUACAUUCAAAGACAUUCAACAACAAGAUGAUAAAAGAAGACGAUCAAGUUUAUUUUCUCAAAUCAAUUCAAACAAAGGUUCGAUAUCUCAUGAAACCUCACAAUCACAUGAAAAAUCUCAUCAACCACAACUGUCUAAUCAAUUUCAACUACAAGCUCAACCACAACCAUUGUCUCCAAAAGAACCCACUAUUGCAACUCCUAUACCCGUUCCUGCAGUUAAGUCAAAUUUUCAAUUCAUCAAUGAAGAAUACAUAAAGAAUCCUGCUAAUCCUAAAUCCAAUGAAUCAGAAUUUUCUCCUAAAGGAGAUACUGGACGUAAUUUACUACCAACACAUCAUAUUGAUGAUGCAAUCGAUACAUCAUUCAUGUCAUUACCUUUAACUGAAAGUUUUGCAUCACUAGAUAGUAUCAACGAUGAUUAUUUGAAUUUAAAGUAUAAAGAAUUUGCAAGUCAAGAUCAAAUUGUUUUCAGAAGGAAAUCUAGUUCAAGUGCUAAUAAUAACAAUUUUGAGCAAAGAUUAAAAAAUUUCAAUAUAGGAGAUUCAAUGCAAAGUAGGAAACCAAAAGAUGACACAGUUAUUGCACCUGGUUUAGUAUUAGCAAGACAAUCAAGUUCUGAUUCAUACUCAUCAUAUUCAACAGGGUCAGAUUCACCAGAUAUUAAAGAACGUAAAGAUGAAGAAGAAGAUGAAGAAGAUGAAGAUUCAGAUGAAGAAAAUUUAACAUUAGCUUUCCACUCUAAAAUAAAUCCUCCUGGAAGACCACCAUUUUUGUCAUAUGGACAAAGAGCAAAAUCUCAUGAUUCACAUUUACCUUAUUUGUUAAGUCCAGUUCAAAGAGGCAAUGACGUAACACCAAUAAUCUUUCAUGCUGGGUCUCCGGAAUUUGAAGAUGUACCACUGGGUUUGCUAGAUGCUCAACGCUCACAAAAUGGAACGGCAAAUGCGACCAAGAUAGUAGCAUCAAGUAAGAAUGGAGCUAUAUCUAACUUAGGAUCUACAACCACAACUACAACAAAUAACACAACGACAACAAUGGGUCAAGAGACUAUCACCAUAAACAAUCCAACAGCAGCAGAACCUAGUUUGGAAAGCAUUUCCAUUACCAGAACUGAGGCAUCAUCAAAACCACCCAUUAAAAACAACAAAUCUUCUAAACAACUUUUAAGAGAGAAUAUUUUCAAUUACCAGUUCAACAAUCAUUACAAUAAAGCUCCCAUUUACCAUCCUUUCCCAACAUCACAUCAUCUAGAUAAUGAUCAAGAAGAAAUUAUAAUAAAUUCAGUUGAAAAAUUUAAAAAUAAUAGACCUCAAUUUUUUAGAUCUAAUUCUGUUGCUGUUGGAGUAUUACAACAUACUUCUGAUGAUGUUGUUGAAAACAUGAUUGAAGAAAGAAAAGACUCAAAGAAUGGAGCUACUUGA